CAGACGUGGAUUGUGGAUUUGAAUGACUCUCAUGUUCAGAGGUCAGGACCCUCCACAGCGUCUCCAUGUCUGAGUGUAUACAUAACGUUGUCCUGUGAGUGUUCAGAGAUCAGCAGCGUGCACGGUGACAUCUUGUGUCCGUGUUGAUCCUUUUAUCUCCUCAGUGGGCCCCCUCCCCCCCCUCCCCCCGAGGCUUACUGGAUUAGAGUUUCCCUGCAGGAGGAUCAGAGCCGAGCAUCUGCCCAAGAGGAAAAGUUCCUGCAGGAGAAGAGAAGCAUGGAGCGGCGUGGUCGGGUGCAGGUGGUCAGGCUGCUGGUUUCCUGUCUGCUGCUGGGACCGGCUCUGGCUCAGGUCAGACACCCCCUCCCCGUGCUGUGGAUGAUGCCGGUCAGCUCGGGGUCCAGGGGGGAGAACCUGACCGCCGCCGUGCUCCCCGCUGUCAGACUGGCUCUUCAGGAUCUGCAGAAACACCCAGCCCCUCUGGGGAACUACGAGAUCCAGCUCCAGCUGCUGGACUCACAGUGUGAUGCUGCUCAAUCCCUCAAAGCUCUGUUUGAUGCUCUGUGGGUGGGGCCAAAGUUUCUCCUGCUGUUUGGAGGGGUGUGUCCAUCUGUGACCUCGCUCAUUGCUCGCUCUCUGCCCGCCCUCAACCUGGUGCAGGUGUCUUUCGCGGCCUCGCCCCCCAGUCUGUCCAACAGGAAGUGGUACGGGAACCUGUUCAGCACAGCGCCGUCAGACCGGGCUCUGAACCAGGCGGCAGUGAAGCUGCUGCAGCGCCACAGGUGGAGCAGAGUGGGAGUCAUCACGCAGGAGGGACUCCGCCUCUCAGAGAUGAAGAGAGAUCUGAUGAGGCAGCUGCAGAAGGCGGACGUUCAGGUGGUCUCCACAGAGAGUCUCUCUGCAGACGUCUGCAGCGGCCUGAGGAAGCUGAAGGAGAGUGACGCCCGGAUCAUCAUCGCACAGUUUGAAGAGGAAUCUGUCUCUGAGGUGUUCUGCUGUGCGUACAGACUCAACCUGUUCGGACCUCAGUACCAGUGGUUGGUGGUCGACGGGGGCUCGGCCGGGUGGAGGCUCGGCUGGCAGGUUUCUGGAUGUUCGGUGGACAGUCUGCUGACGGCUGCAGACGGAUCCAUCAGGCUGCAGACCAGACGACUCGGCAACGGCAACACAGCGGGAGUCUCCGGACGGACCCCUCAGGACUACCAGGUCUCCUACCUGAGAGAGCUGGAGGGGUCACAGGUGAGCCCCCUGCACGCCUUCGCCUACGACGCCGUGUGGGUGGCUGCUAAAGCGCUGAGUCAGGUGAUGGAGGCGGUGAAGCACAGAGAGAGGUACAGCGUGGAGAGAAACGUCAGCGUCAGCCACGAGAAGAGUCACAAGAUGCUGCUGGAGGCGGUGAGGAGCACGGCGUUCGAGGGAGUCACAGGUCCAGUCGUCUUCAGAAACGGAGAGAGAAUGACGAUGAUCGAGCUCGUCCAGCUUCAAGGCAGCAGCGGUGUGUCUGUUGGAGAGUUCAGCACGUCCACCCAGCAGCUGCGUCUGAUGAACCACCUGCUGAAGUUCAAAGGUCCGGGUCCAGCCAGAGACCGGACUCUGGUUCUUGAGCAGUGGCAGCACGUUGGCCUCCUUCUGUACGGCGCCGUCUCAUCGGCUGCAGCUGUAACCAUCGUCAUCACUCUGACCGUGCUCUGCUUCACCGUGUGCAGCCGCAAACUCAGGCUGCUGAGGUGGAGCGGUGGGUCCCGGGACGAGCUGCUCCUGCUGGGCAUCCUGCUCUCCUCCUCCUCGGUCCUGGUCUCCGGUCUGGAUGAAGCUCUGCUGUCUGAUCUGACCUAUGAGAUCCUCUGCUCUGUCCGUCUAUGGACUCUCUGCGUGGGACACACUGUGGGCUUCUCUGUGCUCUUCACUAAAGCGUGGUGUGUUCACUCAGUCUGCAGCGUCAAACACACGCCGACUCGUCUGCAGCAGAACGGUCUACUGAUGCUGUGUCUGAUCCUGCUGGACGUGCUGGUUUUGGUCUCCUGGCAAAUCCUGGACCCCCUGAGACGGGUGGAGCUGCAGCAGAGCUUACAGAGCGACUUAUCUGGGCAGGACGUUGUCCUCCGCCUCUCCUCUGAACGCUGCAGCGGCAUCAACAUGGAGCUGUGGCUCACUGCUGUCUACGGAUACAAAGGCCCCCUGCUGGGUCUGGGAUGUUUUGUGGCGUGGAGCAUCAGGUGCGUGCAGGUGGAUCACCCUGCGGUCAGCAGCAAACAGCUGACUCUCAGUAUGUUUGCUGUGACCGUGUUCAGCGUGUCCGGGGUGACGGGGUCUCUGCUGACGUCCCAUAAUCCUCCUGUGCAGUUCUGUGUGGUCAGCAGCCUCGUCCUCUGCUGCAACAUCUUCACUCUGAGCUGCAUGUUCGGCCCAAAGUUUGUGUACGUGUGUUUCCAUGGCAGCGAGCUGCAGCAGCCUCUGGAGCUGCGGGCUGCAGAAGACGAGGAAGACGAGCAGCUGAGGAGGUUAAACCUGCUGCUGAAGAGUCACACUGAGCAGCUGGAUUUAGAAAUAGAAACCAUCAGCAUGCAGCUCUGUGAAGAGUCAGAGUCGGCUGAUUCUGACCCAACGCUCCUCAACACGACGAGAGGAAGAAACAAUGCAGGUGAAGGCCGAUCUGUGGUGUCGGCUCUGAUCUGUUCUGAGGAUACAAACUCUGACAGGAAACCUCUGAGUCCAGACGACAUCAACUCUCCUGAACACGUGCAGCGCCGUCUCUCCGUCCAGCUGCCCAUCCUCCAUCACUCCUACAUGCCCGUCAUCGGGGGCGUCAGCGCCAGCAGCUCCAGCCUGUUCGGGAGCCGGGAGGCCUUCUUUCACCACGACCUGCUGACGGCGACCUCCUGAACACAUUUUAAAACACAAACACAAUCUCUACGAGGACGAUGAAAACAUGAAAAUCAGAGUCAGAGAAGAAAACGGACACGAAGCUGAUUGAAUAGUUCUUUUUGUUUUCUUACUGUUUUAGUUUUUAUGAUUUAAAGAGUUUUUUUUAUGUUUGGUGUUUUUAUGUUUUUUAUGUAUUGUUUAAAUUCAUAUAAAGCUCAGUGAACUUUG